AUGCCAGAAGGUAGUAUAAAGAUUAACUAUGAAUUUGAUGGAAGCUUCCUUCAGUCGCUUUCAAUAGAUGAUACAACAUCAUACUAUACUCCUCAGGCUGGUAUUGAUGAUCAAAUUGAAGAGAACGAUAUGAUGGAGAUUGAUGACUCUUUUGAUCUGAAGUAUAUUUCAGAGAGAACAAAAUUCACAACACCUCCUAUAGAUAUGCCUGAUACUGAAAAAGAUCAGUCAGGGAGCUUUACACCAAUUACAGAUCUUUCAAAGUAUAUGAAAAUGCCGUUCCAAUCUACGCCAUUAGAGCAGUCUACUCUGAGCAACAGCUCCAAGGAGACCCUUACUUACCAGGCUAAUCCUAAAGGAGAUGAACCCGAGAAAUUGCAAGAAAAUAAAAGAGAUAAUGGUGAUGAUAGUGAUGUUAAUGAAAAUUCUAGUUUAAUGUCAGCAAUUUCGAAUUCUUUAUUGUCUCCAACUAAUUUGGGAGCCAAAUUAGCAACUAGAAAACCGAAACUUUACCUCCCUGCACCCUCAUGGUAUCUGCCAUCGGAAUCUGAAGAAUCUCGUGAGCAGGGUUUUGAUCAUGAAUACGAUUUGAGCUCAUUUGGAAACAGUACCUCUUCUCAAGUUAAAGAGAUUGGUGACCAUAGAGAUCAAUGGAGAAGUAGAUUCGCAGGAGCACGAAAUCUUAGUUCAUUCUCGUCCGAUGCUGAUAAAGAUGCUUUCUUUGUUAAAGAUCGAGAUAUCGAUGGCAAAUCAGAUAGUUAUAUCAACGAACAGAACUCGUCAUACAAUCCGGAUUUUAAUAGGUUUAUGGAUGAAAAUGCCCUUGGUAGAUCUUUUUACUACAGAAGACAAAACGAAGCAUUGAAAUCUUUUGACUCGUCUCAAGAUGAAAAUUUCAUUUCUCGAAACGGUGUUGCGUAUUCACCCUGGAUGGAAAAGAGCCCAAUACAAGUUCAUCACCAUCAUUAUUACUAUCAGAACAGCCCUUCAGCCACUAAUACUCCUAAUAAUAUACGAAUAGGGUUCAAUACUUCAGGAAAUAUUUCACCAUCCCAAAAAAAUGGCCUAGAAUAUAUGUUGGAUGAGGAUUCAAAUGCUUAUCUCACGCUUCCACCUCCAUGGCAAAAAAACUCAGCACCCCAUGAAAGAAUUCCAUAUUUACUCUCAUCUUACCUUCAAGUUCUUGUGAAUCUUAUCGUAAGUUGUUAUGCUUUCUAUUUGCUAUACACAAUUGUUAGUGCCAUAAGAAGAGAUAUUAACCACAAGCUAUCUCAACAUACCUCUAGUACCCUUGUUGAAAUUGCAUCAUGUCGACGUUCAUAUAUGGAAAAUAAUUGUUCACCAGACGAGAUUGUACCUGCGUUAGAGAAGCCGUGCAAAUAUUGGCUCAAGUGCAUGAAUCAGGAUCCUCAUAAUGGUGGAAAUACAUCACUGAUAAGUGCAGAAACUUUAGGUAUGAUCGUGAACUCUUUGGUUGAACCUUUGGGUCUUAAAUUCUUCUUGGUACUAUUCGGGUUCAUAUUUUUGAUUUUCACUUGUAAUUUUACUUUUGGUUUCAUAAGGGCAAAAUCAUACUAUGGAUGGAGUAGAGAAGAGAUAAAAAAUAAUGUUUCGGAGACUAAUAUUAUCUCUCAAGAUUAA